CUCUUCCUCUCUCUCGGCCUCAAUUGCCUGCUCGUUCCUGCUGCAUCGCGCGUCUUCGUUGCGUUUGGCUUGUCGAGUCUCUGUGCUGUUGUUUCGCCCUUCCCCGUGUACGUUUCUUUUGCCUUGCGUCAUCCUUUUCGACUCGAUCCUUUGCCAUACAUCCAACCGAAAAAAAUGGCCAGAGAAGACCUCGCCGUUGACAUUCUGGUCAUCGGGGCUGGCCCCACCGGUCUCGGAGCUGCGAAGCGCCUGCACCAGAUCGACGGCCCGUCUUGGAUGAUUGUCGACGCGAAUGAGACUCCCGGAGGGCUAGCUUCCACUGAUGUGACUCCAGAGGGAUUUCUUUACGAUGUUGGUGGCCAUGUUAUUUUCUCGCACUACAAAUAUUUCGACGACUGCCUGGAUGAGGCCCUCCCCGAAAAGGGCGACUGGUACACCCACCAACGCAUUUCAUACGUUCGUUGCAAGGAACAAUGGGUUCCAUAUCCUUUCCAGAACAACAUUUCCAUGCUUCCCAAGGAGGAGCAGGUAAAGUGUAUUGAUGGCAUGAUUGACGCCGCCCUGGAGGCCCGCGUUUCCAACACAAAGCCAAAGACCUUUGAUGAGUGGAUCGUCCGCAUGAUGGGCACCGGCAUUGCGGAUUUAUUCAUGCGUCCGUAUAACUUCAAGGUCUGGGCAGUGCCGACUACAAAGAUGCAAUGCGCCUGGCUGGGCGAGCGUGUGGCCGCACCGAACCUGAAAGCGGUGACUACGAACGUUAUUCUGCAGAAGACCGCCGGUAACUGGGGUCCAAAUGCCACCUUCCGCUUUCCCGCCCGUGGUGGCACCGGUGGUAUCUGGAUCGCUGUCGCAAAUACCCUGCCCAAAGAAAAAACACGCUUCGGUAAACGCGGUGCGGUCACGCAGGUCGAUGCUCGGAAUAAGACCGUCACUUUGGGCGACGGCACUCGAGUUAGAUACCAGCGUUUGGUUUCCACCAUGGCCGUGGACUCGUUGGUUGAGCAGAUAGGCGACCCGGAGUUGACUGAUCUUAGCAAAGGCCUCUUCUAUUCAUCCACACAUGUCAUCGGGGUCGGUAUUCGCGGAGAGCGACCAGAGAGAAUUGGUGAUAAAUGUUGGCUUUAUUUCCCCGAAGACAACUGCCCAUUCUAUCGUGCAACCAUCUUCUCCAACUACUCUCCAUAUAACCAGCCAGAUGCUUCGAAGCAGCUAGCUACGAAAGUACUGGCAGAUGGCUCUAGGCCGAACAACACCGAGCUCCGAUCAGGCCCAUACUGGUCGAUCAUGCUUGAAGUUUCCGAGUCAUCCCUCAAGCCAGUCAACAAUGAGACUUUAUUGGCUGAAUGCAUCCAGGGCUUAGUGAAUACUUCAAUGCUCAAGCCCACAGACGAAAUCGUCUCCACUUAUCAUCGCCGCUUCGACCACGGUUAUCCUACGCCUACGCUUGAACGCGAGGGUGUCCUCACGAAGCUUCUCCCGCGCCUACAGGAUAUGGGCAUUUACUCACGUGGCCGUUUCGGCAGCUGGCGCUAUGAAGUCGGCAAUCAAGACCACUCCUUCAUGCUUGGAGUCGAAGCAGUGGACAACAUCAUCAAUGGUGCCACCGAAUUAACCCUGAAUUACCCAGACUUCGUCAAUGGAAGAGCGAACAACGAACGAAGACUUGUCGAUGGCGCCCAGGCGUUUGCUAAGGUUAAGGAGUUGGAGAUCCGAAACUAAACAUUGUGCAGCAUCACUUUUACGACAUUUGACGGGUUAGGUCAGUUUUCCAGUGCUUGCUGAUGUCUUUCAUGAAUGAAGGUGAGGGGUAAAAACGGAAUAAAAGAUCUACAUUCUUCAUGCCUUUCUAUCCAACGUCUACCAAACUUCCCCUUCGAUUUUACUGUUUAGUCCUCCCCUGGUUCGGAUAAGAUCUGCCCUUUGAGUAUAAAGUAACGAUAUUAUAAUUGUAAUUAGAGCCUGUGCUUGAAGAGACAGCAUCUAAAUGGAUUAGAAAGAGGGAAACCAAAAAAAAAAAAGAAAAUACCAUCGAGCUCCUUUUUUCCUUA